ACAACAAUAAAUUUAAAAAAAGAUUCUGUAUUUCUUUACCAUUACUUUAUUAGCAGCAGAAUGGAGAAAGCUUUGAAACAGCAUUUAGACCUUCAUGUUGGGAAUUAAACAGUAAAUGACCGUAUAAGAAAACUGCAGGCUAUCUUUUUGGUGUCUGGGAGGAUACAUUAGGGGGACUUGGUAUCAUAACCUCAAUAUUUUUAAAAUCCUGGUUACAGCAUUGCUCACUGGCUGGAGUCAUUUCAGAUGAACUGAUAAUUUAACACAAUAUUUUGUCUUACUACAACAAAUGGUGUUAAAAUGGGAGAGUUGUGGUGGUAGUGGGUUGUCUGUGGAGCUGUUCAGUGGUCUAUAGCAAUACAGUGACUGUUCUGUAUGUGAUGCCAGUAUAAUUCCUAUUUCCUUAUAACCCAUACCUUUAGAUUCAUCUCAUCUCUAAAAUAGUCAUACUAUGACCUAAAUGAGCUGAAAGACCAGCACAAAAAUUCAUCUUUCAAUUCAUAUACUCGAAAUAGUGUCAGUGGGCUCCCCUUUACCAAAUAUAGGUUAUUAUCACAACACAGAACAACACACAGGCUCUCUCCCUCUCUCUCCGGAUUGUACCAUUGAAGGGAUGAAUUGUGACUUGUGCGAUGAAAGCCGGAGAUGAACACUUCAUCUCUGACCCACAUAAUGGCGAUUUAUCAGGCUCUUUAAGCGGAGCUCUGUCGUAUUGCAGCCGGCUCCUCUCCCCUCCUCCGCGGCCAAGGGGCUUCCAGCGGCUCGCCUCGCCUCCCAUCUUCCUCCGCCUGGACCCGACUGCUCUCCUCUCUCCAUCUCCAUCCAGAGAGAGGAGAGGAGGGAGAAGGAGGAGAAGCGGCACACAUACACACCGAACGAGGAACGACGGAAAACGGAAAAAGUAAUUAAAUCACAGCGCUGAGAAAUCGUCCCGGGUUUGCUGUCUGGGAUUUCAACCUGAAGUCUCCCCUGAGGUGCCGAGGCCAUGGCGGUACCUUCAGCCCAGGAGUUUCACUGGCAGAGCCUGGCACGACUGCCCAGUGGCCGUGUCUACCACACUCUGACUGAGGUGGGGGGGCAGAUGUACAUGCUGGGGGGCUGUGACGCUGCAGGGAGGCCCUGCCCCAGCCUGGAGCUCUACUCCCCUGAGGGGGACCGGUGGAUGAGCUUGGCCCCCAUGCCCACCCCUCGUGCUGGAGCAGCUGUAGCAGUGCUCGGAAAGCAGAUCCUGGUGGUGGGGGGAGUGGGAGAGGACCAGAGUCCCCUGAAGGUGGUGGAGAUGUACAACACAGAAGAAGGGAGGUGGAGGAAGAGGAGCGCUCUGCGGGAGGCCCUGAUGGGUGUAUUUAUCACUGUGAAAGAUGGCCGGGCUCUGGCUGUGGGGGGAAUGGGUGCUGACCUGCUCCCUCGCAGCAUCCUGCAGCAGUACGACCUUCGGAAGGACGUGUGGGCGCUACUUCCUCCCAUGCCGACCCCCCGGUAUGAUGCCAACGUACAUCUGCUAGCCAACAAGCUCUACGUGGCAGGUGGCCGUCAGUGUAAGCGACCGGUGAAAGCCUUCGAAGUUUACGACUCAGAGACACGCUCUUGGACUACGCUACCCAUGAUGCCAUGUAAACGUUCAUAUGGGGGAGUGAUAUGGGACACAGCUGGGAGGCUGUGUCUGCUGGGAGGACUGCGGCAGGGAGGAGGACACCAGAGCUCCAAGUUCACCAAGAACGUCAACAUUUUUGACACCAACCAAGGCGCCUGGCUGAAGUCAGAGGAGACGGUGGCGAUGAAAACAAAGAGAGCGGACUUCGUCGCUGCUUUCCUGCGAGGCCGCAUGGUAGUAGCGGGGGGGCUUGGUCAUGAGCCCUCGGCUCUGGACACAGUGGAGGCCUUUCAUCCUCAGAGGAAGAAGUGGGAGAGGUUGGCUCCCAUGACCUUCCCCCGAUGCUCCGCCUCCUCCAUCGUUAUCAGAGACCGCCUCCUGGUGGUGGGAGGAGUCAACCAGGUUCCCAGCUCGGCGCAUGAGAUCCUGUAUGUGAAAGAAGAGGAGUAUCUGUAGUCUGUAGUGACUGACACCACAUGAAUGCAGCAAAUCAGUGAUUCCGCUUCCUCUUUUUCUGUACAACCCUCCUGAAUCAGAUGGUAGUGCAAUACAUAAGCAGCAUCAAAAACACUGAGUGAAAUGGAAGUGCAAGUCCGACUCUCUAAUGUAAUGUAACAGAUAACACUGCCCCCUGCUGGGCUGUGAUGACUUUGAGACCCCCACAUGUAAGCACACACAUGCACAAUGGAGGAGCUGGCUCUUUCUUUAUACCGACUUCUGUUUCUUGAGAAUUUUUAGUAUGUAAGACUUCUGCGUUGUACGUUGUAGUGCAUACUUGGGGAGAAGAAAUAUUUUGUAGCUUAUACGUCUAGUAUUGUAGACAGAGAAAUAUAUGGAGGAUUUACAGUAUUUUAUAGCAUAUAUGUAUUUCAUUUUGUUUGGUUUGGUGUUUUUUGUGUGCUGCUUGCUAACAACUGAGCAUUUGUACUGCAGAUAGUGUGAUUUACACAUAAGAUUUUAAUUCAAUUCCAUGAUGUGACUGCAAUAUUUGUAUAUUAUUUAAUAUCAUCUAGAAAAAAAGUACUAGAAACUGGGUAAUGUUUGGUGAAUAAACUGUACUGUAAAAAAAAUUUGCAGUAAAGCGAUUAACACUGAUUGGGAGUUUAUUUCACCAUCGAUCAUUUGUAGUAGCUCUAGUAAGUACACUGAAUGCUGUACUAUCACUCAUCUGUGCUGUAACAGUUCCCAUGUGUGGGUAUGAUCAUGAUUUUAUUAUUGCAUAUAUGAAAAGAAAUGAUAAUAUGUUGUUUGUUUGUGAUUACCAGACUGAUGUAGGCAAAGAAAAUGAUCUUGUUUGACUGAUUGUACAUUUUAUUCCUGCAGCAAUACAUUUUCUGUCUUUUCAGUGUUUCAUUUAUUGCAACAUGUCCUGUGCAGUAAUAAUGACCAUUUAUUAACACUUCACUCAGGUUUGUGAUGUUACAGAUUUGUUUUUGUGACUUUCUACUGACCUGUAUUAUGUUUGCUGUCAUUAUAGCCAAAGCCAAACUCUUGUCUGUUUGGCUGAGACUGUUGUGUAAGAGACGAAUAAGAAAUAUGUUAUUGUGCUAAAAAAUCAUUUCUGAAGAUUUGAUUUCAUCCUACAAUAUGACCCAUCUCUGUUCUGUCCUUCACCCAAUUAUGUCAUGUAAUAUUGAGGAUAUGAGUAGUCAUGUUCAGUGGAAUAAAUGGGAUCUGUAGUUUGUA